UUGGCGGCGCCGGGUCGCUUGGGGCUGGAGCUGCGCGCGGGAGGUUCGUAGCCGGCGGCGGGCGGCCAUGGAGGACUACGAGCGGGAGCUGUACGGCGUCGAGGACGACUUCCACAGCCAGUUCGCGGCCGAGCUCGAGGUGCUGGCCGAGCUGGAAGGGACAACCGCCAUGUCACCUUCCAGGGACCCCUGGCCCACCGUGGGCCGGCCCCGCCUGACGUUCGAGGAGACCAUUGCUGGAGGGAACGCUGCCACUCACUGCUCUCCAGGCGGACCUCCAAGGAACAGCAAGGGCGGUGCCAGGAAGAGGCAGCUGGCCGCUGACAUCCAUGAGGACAGACCCCUGCCCUCUACCCCCAAAGUCAAACGAUCCAGGCUGGAAGCUGCCAGGAGACUGAACUUCAGGUCCGAUGAGAUGGAAGAGCUGCUGCCUCCUGACUCCCCCACUCAGGACAUCACCCCCCCACCGAGUCCUGAGGUCCCUGCUGAGCUGUGGGGCAAGGGGCCCUUGGACACCGGGGCUGAUGUGGGUCUCACUAGGGCCUCGCCAGCUGCCCGCAAUCCUGUCCUGAGGCGGCCCCCUGUCUUGGAGGACUACAUCAAUGUGACCUCCACGGGCGGCGACCGGGCCUUUCUGGUGCUUCGGGCUGACCCAGUGGGCACUGGGGUCCAGAGCCCUCUUCUUGACAUCCGCUGGCGUGGCCGUGGCCAGCUGGACCUGCUGGGCGUGUCCUUUGCCUCCCUGAAGGAGAAGAUCGACAGCGAGCGGCGGCAGCAACUGCUGGAAGAGGCCCAGCGGCUCUCGGACACACUGUGCAGUCUUAGGUCAGAGGAAGUGGAGGAGGGGCCCCAGCCCUCAGGGGCCCCUGAGGAGGAGCCGGCUGACAGCCAAGAUGCCUCCCAGCAUUGCCUCUGGGUGGAUGAGUUCGCACCCCAACGCUAUACGGAGCUGCUCAGUGAUGAUUUCACCAACCGCUGCCUCCUCAAGUGGCUGAAGCUGUGGGACUUGGUGGUGUUUGGCCGAGAGCGGCCCACCCGGAAGCCCAGACCUAGUGUGGAACCGGCCCGUGGUGGCAAGGAGGCCACAGCCUCCAGCAAGUGGAAAAGCCACGGACAGGUGCUAGAGGAGAUGCUGGAGGCUGAGCUGGAUCCAAGCGGGCGGCCCCGGCAGAAGGUGGCGCUGCUGUGUGGGCCCCCAGGGCUGGGCAAGACCACUCUGGCCCACGUGAUUGCGCGGCAUGCUGGGUACUCUGUGGUGGAGAUGAACGCGAGUGAUGACCGCAGCCCUGAGGCCUUCCGAACGCGCAUCGAGGCAGCCACGCAGAUGGAGUCGGUGUUGGGCACUGGUGGGAGGCCCAACUGCCUGGUUAUCGAUGAGAUCGACGGGGCCCCCACGGCCGCCAUCAAUGUUCUUCUGAGCGUCUUGGACCGCCAGGGCCCACAGGAGGCAGAUCCAGGGGGCCCCGCUGUGCCCACGGGUGGGGGGCGGCGGCGCCGGGCGGAAGGGGGGAUCCUGAUGAGGCCCAUCAUCUGCAUCUGCAAUGACCAGUUCGCGCCCUCCCUUCGGCAGCUGAAGCAGCAGGCGCUCCUGCUCCACUUCCCGCCCACGCUGCCCUCCAGGCUCACGCAGCGGCUCCAGGAGAUCUCCCUGCGGCGGGGCAUGCGGGCUGACCCUGGCGCGCUGGCGGCCCUCUGCGAGAAGACAGACAACGACAUCCGCGCCUGCAUCAAUGCCCUGCAGUUCCUGCAUGGGCGGGGCCAGCGGGAGCUGAGCGUUCAGGCUGUGCAGACCACACGCAUUGGCCUCAAGGACCAGCGCAAGGGGCUCUUCUCCGUGUGGCAGGAGGUCUUCCAGCUGCCCCAGGCCCGGAGGCGCCGCGUGGGUCAGGACCCAACCCUGCCCACCCACACACUCCUGCUCGGUGAUGGGCACAUGGGCUCAGGGCCCCUCGCUGCCAAGGUGCCCCUGACUGCGGCCUCUCAGCGGUUCUACCACAUCUUGCAUGUGGCCGCUUCUGCGGGUGAGCACGAAAAAGUGGUCCAGGGCCUGUUCGACAACUUCUUGCGGCUGAGGCUGCGGGACUCCAGCUUGGCGGCCGUGUGCAUAGCCCUUGACUGGCUGGCCUUCGACGACCUGCUGGGCCGGGCCGCCCACCACGGCCAGAGCUUCCAGCUGCUGCGCUACCUGCCCUUCCUGCCCCCGGCCUUCCACCUGCUCUUUGCUUCCAGCCACGUGCCGAGGAUCACCUUUCCCAGCAGCCAGCAGGAGGUGCGCCCCACGCCCUGCCCAUACCCAGGGUCUAACCCCGGGCCCCUGGGUGACUUGGUCCUCGUCCGCCCUCCACCCCAGGCCCAGAAUCGGAUGAGCCGGACACACAACCUGAUCCAGACGCUGGUGUCGGGCAUCACGCCAGCCACCCGCAGCCGGGCUGCACCGCAGGCGCUCAUCCUGGACACCCUCUGCUUGCUCCUGGACAUCCUCGCACCCAAGCUGCGCCCCGUGAGCACACAGCUGUACAGCUCCCGAGAGAAACAGCAGCUGGCCAGCCUCGUGGGCACCAUGCUCGCCUAUAGCCUCACCUACUGCCAGGAGCGCACGCCCGAUGGGCAGUAUGUCUACAGGCUGGAGCCGAACGUGGAGGAUGUCUGCCGCUUUCCCGAGCUGCCCACCCGCAAGCCCCUCACCUACCAGGCCAAGCAGCUCAUUGCCCGCGAGAUUGAAGUGGAGAAGAUGCGGCGGGUGGAGGCCUUGGCCCGGGCUAGGGUUGGCCCCCAGGUGGAUGGGGGUCCCCUGGGGGGCACUGGGGAGAAAGGAGCGCAGCCAUCUGCCCCAUGCAGCCACGAGCAGCGGCUGGAGUGCAUCCUGAAGAGAGCUGCCCUGGAGGAGCAGCCUGAGAGGGACUUCUUCGGUCGUGUUGUUGUCAAGAGAGCGGCAGCCCCGAGCACAGAGCACGCAGCCCCUGAGACUGACACGGCCGAGCAGCGCAUGGGCACCGCGGUGGGCAGGAGCGACGUCUGGUUCCGCUUCAAGGAGGGCGUCUCCAACGCCGUGCGGCGCAGCCUGUACAUCAGGGACCUGCUGUAGCCUGGGCCACGCCAAGCCCCCAGGAUCCAU